AUGGCCGGGCACUAUAUCUUCCUCCUGGGGCUGGUGCUGCCCCAGUUUCUCGUGGCUUUUGCCCGGAGGGAGCAGUGCAUCCACCCGGGAGAUCCUGCUGCCACGAGGAGGAUGAGAGCGCUCAGAGCUCUCUGCCCAUGCCUGAGUGCCCAGUCCAGACCUGCGCGUUCUGAGGACGCAGGCAGGGCAACGGGAACCGUCCCAGUGGUUGUCACUACCUUUGAGGCCGUUGGGACUUCUCUGCUAAAGCGGUUGCAAGACAAUGAGGGUGACCGAGUGCAGACAUACCGGGAGCUGGAGAGCGUCUUGCAGGGAGAUGACGGCCGUUUGACGAGCGGUGUCGUGAACCGCCUGCUAGCAGAGGCGUCCAGUGACAUGCGAGCAGCCCAGGGUGUGACAGGUGACAUGAGGACAGCCGCUAGCGAUGUCCUAGUGGCUCUGGCCCGCUCCCACUUCCACUUUGUCAUGCCCGAGCUCCAGAGCCACCUGAAGGCCAUGGGGAAGGUCCCUGAUGAGAUUGUGCUCCUCACCUUGGGCAAAAUGGCCCGCAGCUACGCCCUGCGGUGCAUCCCCUUUGUGAGAAUGACUCUGCUUGCCCUGCGCGCCACGCUGAGCCAGGUGGGGAGUGGCCGGAUGCUGCGCACCGUCUGCAGUGUUCUGGAGCAAUGGUCAAAAGGAGUCAACACGUACUUCUGCAACCGGGAGCAAUGCCCCUUCCCUUGCGAGGGGGUAGCACAGUUCUGUGAAGCCAUUUACCCGGUCUUCCGCUACGCGGCGGUACAUUGGCUGGACUGCAAGGAGGAGGAGGACAAGCAGGCUGUCCUCAGGGCUGUGGCUGCCAUGAUGGAGGUCCUUCUGCAUGAGGAGCAGUACCGCGAGCAUGCCUGGGAGCAUGUCCUCUGGCUCCUGCACCGGUAUCAGGAGGUCCGAGACACCUCCCGGGUCACCGAGAGCCUCAGCUAUGUCCUGGAGAUGCUGGAGGCAGUUCAGACCCCAAUACCACAGGGCACGGCUCUUGCCAUCAGCACCGCUGUGCACCGCCAGCUCUCUGAUGUGACCAAGGAGCCUGGCCUGGCCCAUAAGGCAGCACUGUCCCGCUGCAUCACGCUUCAGGCACGAAUGUGCCCCGAGGAGACGGUCAUGUUUCUACACUCCCAGCUGAGUGGUGGGACUGAGGCUGGUCGCGUGGCAGCCCUGGGCCUGCUGGGAGCGCUGGCCCACUCUGACGCACCUGCAGUGAGAGAGAAGCUGCCCCAGGUGGUGGAGGCCAUGGGGUCAGUGUGCCAUGACCCCAGUGCCCAGGUGCGGAGGGCAGUUCUGGAGUUCAUCCGGGAGCUGCUCAGCUCCGGAUCCCAGAGCUGCUGGGCAUGGGAUGUGGUGGGGCACAUCUUCAUCGAGUUCAGCCGGAGCUCGGGCAGACUGGUGGCAGGAGGCCUUUUUCCCUGGGAAACGCAGGAGGAUGGAGCUCUUCGAGCCCUGUGCAUGGACAUCCUGGGCUCUCUGGAUGUCUCUCUGAGAGGGAUGACCAAACUCCUGUGGCCGAGGCUGCUGCAGUACGUGCUGCCAGCCCAGUACAGUGGCAUGCUGAUCCCGCUCUCCCGCUGUCUCCGAGCCCUAGUUGAGAGGUGGGAGAGAGCAGGGUGCAAGGAAGAAGAGGAGGAGCCUGAUGCCAUGGACUCCCAGGAGCAAGCCCGGCUGCCGGCUCCCCAGGCCCUGUUGGCUCGACUGCUGGUGGUGGUGGCGGCUCCUCACAAGAGUGCAGAACGUGCAGUCGCUGCCUUGCAGCUGCUGCAGGCCCUCCACCGCAGGAUCCACAGAGCCUUGGGGGCAGCGUGGGCGACUGAGAUCCCCCUCCUGCUGCAGUCCCUGGAAGGAAAAACCGGGAGCUGCCUGGACUCUGCAGAGUGGGAGCACCGUGUGCUCAAGUUCCUGCGAGCGUCGCUGGAGCCCAUCGAGGACAAGGCCUGGACUGUGGACCUGAGCCAGGAGCUGAGCCAGCAGCUGGGCAGCUCUGCCGCCGGCUCCUGGGAGAAGCUUUUCCUGUACAAGGCUCUUGGGACAGCGCUGGCAGCUUGUCGGGACCUCAGACACGUCCAAGGGCAGGUGCUGAGGUUCCUCCAGGAGACAAACCCCAUGGAGCUGUCUGAGGCCCAGGGAAUGAUUUCUGUUGUGUCCCACGCUGCCCAGAGCCACUUCCACCUGGUCUUGGAUGCGGUGAUGAUGUUCUCCGCCGCUUCCACCAUAGAUGGGUUCUCUCAGACUUCCAUGGGCUGGAAGGUACAGCAGCAGCAGCAGAUGGAGAGAGCCCAGGCCAUUCGCGCUGCUCUCAUGCGCACCUACAGCGGCAUUGCGCUGCGUGCCCCCAAGGAGCAGCUGCUCACCCGUGUGGAUGAAGAAAUCGAGCGGAUGAAAAAGGGCAAGAAGACAGUGAGGGCAGCUGUGAACAUGCAGCUUUUGCACAGGAGAGGCAUGGAAGACCUGGGCCAUCUCAUCGAAACCCUUCUGGAGGCAGAGGAGACCUCUGCCGGCUUUGACGACGUGAUCCAUAGAGGACGUUCUUGUGAGCAGUUCGGCUCCCUGGUGGGACUGCUGGUGACUCUGACCAGCGACUGCCUGGCCAUGUCCUGCCGGAGGGCAUGGGUAUGCCUUGGCUACCUUCUCCAAAUGCAAGCCAAGACCAUGAAGGCGGUGUUUCAGGCAAAUGAGAUCAGGUGCCUUGCUGAGGAGCUGAACAGCCCAGACACUGAGGUUCCGGUGGAGACCUGGACCAAAAUAGCAAAGCAGAGCACCCACAGGCCCUUCCUGCUCCGGGCCCGCUUUCACCAGGAGCCCCUCAUCAGCAGUCUCCUCCAGAAAGGUCUGCCCAUGGACAGUGACACGGUGGAGCUGUGGAGGACCCUGGGGAGAAGCACCAUUGUGAUUCAGGUCCUGAGGUGCUUAGUGGAGAAACUAAACAGAGCAGGAAACAACCGCCUGUGGACUUGCUCUUGCGCUUGUGAGCAGCACAGUCAUCAGACUGUUCUGGAGACUGUGAUGAUCACCCGUGCCAUCUCCGAGGUCGUGGUUGCCCUGAGGGACAUGGAGGAGUUCAGGCAGCUGCUUCCCCACCUCCUUCCCAGCCUCCUGAGGUGGGCCAGUGAAAUGCUGGACGAGGAGAGGCUGCUUUCCCCCCUGGGAGAAGGCUGGAGACAACUGUUCCUCGAGGGCCAGGUGCUUGAGGAGAAGCCCUGCAGGAUUUUCCUUUCAGCUAUAGAGUUGGUGCUAGGCAAAUGCAUGGCGCAGACGUGGAUGCAGCGGCUCAUGGAUCAGUCAGUGUGGGCUCGCCUGGAAGACGCCCUGGCUCACCCUGAGGGGGUGCGUCUCCUGACCAGCGUCCUGCUCCAGGCUGGGCUCGUCUCCCCCUGGCUGGUGAAGAACCUCUUGCCAUGGCUGGGUUCGUGCUCAGUUAAGCUGCGGGUGACAGCUACAGCCUUCUUUGCUGAGGUCCCACCAGACGUGGGCUUUGUGCUGCCCUCCAACGGUCUGAGCCUCUUCCCAACCCCACGGAGCUUCUCAGCCCUGCCGGUAACUCCCUGA